AUGUGCCCUGGGAUUUCGAGCAACGCUGAUGUCCAGCUCUGGGACUGCCAAGCAGACUCCUCCACAAGCGACCAGUUCUGGAAGUGGAGAGAUGUGACGCUGUUCGAGGAAGGUGGCGAGCAGCGUGCUUUUGGCAGGCUGGAAAAUCGGGCCAGUGGCAAGUGCUUGGACGUGAUUGGCGAUGAUCCAAGUACAGAACCGCAGACAGGAGACAGAUUUGCCAUUUGGGACUGUGGUGAUGCAGGUGGAAACACCAAACAGCACUGGCACCUGCAUUCCAACGACUUCUUGUGGAAUUCUUUGCAUGGGUGCUUGGACAUCACGGGAAGCCCAGGAACAAGCAAUGGGGAUGUUGCCAGAACAGACAAUUGUGAGUUCAAUGAUCCGGCUGGGACGGAUCAAAGCUGGCAAAUGGAUCCUGUCCUCCCCACAUGCAGCGCCUUCAGCUGCCCGGCCGGUUACUUGCCCAAACCGGAUGUCGCCGGCGUAGCUGGCUCAACUCGGAAUGCUUGCUGCGACGUUGCCUGCAGUGCGUUUAGCUGCCCGUCAGACCACUUGCCCAAGCCUUAUGCGGCCAAAAAAUGCUGGUUCAAGCCCUGCUCUUUGCUGUGA